AUGGACUCCGCGCCUCCCGCCAAAAUAUCCUUCUCUUUAAAAUCAAAGGCGAAACCUAAACCAACUACUUCAGUUCCAACUCAAGCAUCAGCCUUUGGCUCAUUUGAUGAAGAAGUUGACCCACCAGCGCCGGCUCCCGCCAAACCCGGCAAGGGUGGGCCAAAACCACAUGUAGCAACGCAAACUAUCUUGACCAAAGCGAUGAAAAAAGAGAUGGAGGAGCAACAAAAGGUUGACUCCACUGUAUACCAGUAUGAUGAGGUGUACGAUCGUCUCAAGGAAGCAGAGAGACUUGCUGAAGUGGCGAGAGAGGAAGAGGCAAAGAUAAGGCAGCCCAAAUAUAUAAGCAACUUACUACAAGCUGCUGAUCAACGAAAACGUGACCAUCUACUAGCAGAAGAAAAAAUGAUACAAAAGGAGCGCCAGAUGGAAGGAGAAGAGUUUGCGGAUAAAGAGAAGUUUGUAACACAAGCAUACAAGGAUCAAUUGGCUGCAAACCGUCAGGAAGAAGAGGCACAGAAGCUCCGUGAAGGAAUGACCUAUUUCUAUGAGACGCUAUUAAAAGACUCGGAACAGAAACAUGCCGCUGUAAUGGCAGCUGCUUCGAGACCUACAAUUGGACCGACGAUGCCAGCAUCCGAACAGAGCCUGGCCAUUAGACCGCCAACAGAAGCCGGAGAGUUGUCGGACCUAGAAAAGGCAAGAAGAGCUAGGUUGGAAGGGAAAGAGGUAGAGUUGAAUGACGAUAACCAAAUUGUCGACAAACGGGCUCUGCUCACUGCAGGCCUUAAUUUGGCUGGGAAAAACACCUGGGACCCACUGGCAUAUAGACAAAAUAGAAAUCAGCAGGACGAUAAACCUGUACAAACCCAUACUGCUGUUGGCUCAGCGGCUUCACGUCGUGAAAUUGACGCACGCCGGAGAAAAGAAGUGGAGUCCCAAAUGACAGAAGAGAAGGAAAGGAGGGUUCGAGAAAAGGAAAAGGAGGAAGAAGAGGCCCGUAUGCGAGCUGUGAAAAGGAAAAAUGAUGAUGAGGCGGUCAUGAGUGCGAGAGAAAGGUACCUAGAGCGGAAGAGGCGAAAACUGGAGGAACCUCCUCCAGAGGAGGAAUAA